UACUCUCGCAGUCUCAUUUCUUAUCGCCAACACGACGGUUGUGCACACAUCGACCGCUACGACAACGCCAAUAAAUCAGCGUGUACUUUUUUCGCUGCACUGCAGAUAGCAGCGUUAAUUAUCGUUGGGUUAUUUUCUUAAUUUUCAAAACCGCACCACACUGAGGUGUUAAGGUGCGUUCAAGUCGGCGAUUUUGUUUAGUAGCGUGAGUGACUGGUAUUGCGUGAAGGCGUGUUUAGAGAAUAGAAAUUUGUGGUAUUUUAUAAAAAGUUGUUCGAUUGACUACAAUAAGACGAAGUGCUCUUUAAUUUUAACAAAAUGUUUAAAUUGACUGCCUCAUGUUUAAUUAUUGCGUUACUGUUGUUUUUGUACAGUGCAGCUUAUGUAGCGGCUGUUAGCUAUGGUCGUUGCGAGUCUCAAUUCAAUAGCAAAGGCAUCUGCGUGCAGUUGGCCGAUUGUCCAUUUAUUGUAGAUAUCCUUUCUGGAGAUGUAAAUGCAGAAGUUGAGGAAACAUUGCGGAAGAGUCAGUGUGGUUAUGAUAACACAUUCACGGAGAAUACACGCAGGAUUGUGGUAUGUUGCCCCGAGAAGCAUUUGCAAAAACCUCCGACAGAUACAAGAACCGGUACACAGCUAGGAAAUGUACUACCCACUGCUGGAGAAUGUGGAACCGCUCUUUCAGAAUUCAUCUAUGGUGGUAAUAAGACACGCAUCAUGGACUAUCCAUGGAUGGCGUUACUUCGAUACAGAAGGGGAGCCAAUGUGCUUGAAUUUCUCUGUGGUGGUAGUCUUAUCAAUUCUCGUUAUGUGCUCACAGCUGCACAUUGCCUAAACCAGAGCAAUCAGACCGAUGAGCGGUCACUACACAGCGUCCGUUUGGGUGAAUGGGACUUAAGGACCAAUCCUGAUUGCGAAGUGGAUAUACGUGGCAAGGAAUCAUGCGCUCCACCCUUCAUAGAAUUGGGUAUAGAGCGAGCCAUAUCACAUCCCAAAUAUGUGAGCAAUUCGAACGAACAAUUCUAUGACAUAGCUUUGUUGCGGCUGGAAGCGAGUGUAACUUACAGUGACUUCAUACGCCCGAUUUGUUUGCCGGUAGCUCAGGAAUUAUAUGACAAUAUGUUUGUGAAUUCUACCAUGGAAGUGGCUGGUUGGGGCGCCACCGACAAACCUAAAGCGCUCUCAUCGCCGGUGAAAAUGGCAAUUUCCGUGAGGAUCUGGGAGACGAAUACGUGCCACAACACAUACAAAUCAUUGAACCGUUAUAUCGAUGGUACACACCAUUUGUGUGCGGGUGGCGUGAGUGGUAUCGAUGCAUGUCGCGGAGACUCCGGUGGACCGUUGAUGUUACCAGAGCUGUUGAAUAAUCGCAUUGUGUACUUUGUGACAGGCAUUAUUUCUUUUGGCCCUAAGCCAUGCGGUUUUGAUGGGUGGCCGGGUGUUUACGCACGUGUGGGCAACUACAUAGACUGGGUGAAAAGUAUGAUGGAACCAAGCAAAAAAAUGUUUUCCACCGCAGCGGCUAUGUUUAGACUAGUCGAACUGAGUGUUGGCAUCUUCGUUGCUCUCUACGUAUUGACCAUAAAUGCUGUGUUUGUUAGCUAUGGUGUUUGCAACACACCCUUCGGAUUGCAAGGUCAUUGCGUCCCCCUAUCGGAUUGCCCAACGCUAUACGGCUUAGUUACAGGUAAAAAUUUGAACAAUCAAAUUAUACAAUUUCUGCGUCAAAGCUACUGCGGUUUUGAUACCAAUGCAACGUUGGGACAGGAUAAAACACGCGUGUGCUGUUUAGAUAAUCCCAAUGCAGAGAAUCUGGAAGGGGACUCAGGUAAACUGCUGCCUUCAAAAGGAGUUUGUGGGAUCACUUUUAAUACGCGUAUUUUUGGUGGCGUUGAUACAGAGCUGGGUGAAUACCCGUGGUCAGCAUUGAUAAAGUAUCAAAGGCCUUAUAACGCCAUGGCUCUUAAUUGUGCCGGCGUGCUCAUCAACCGACGUUACGUGCUCAGCGCCGCACACUGCCUUAGAAAUCCCAACAUACCUACUAGUUGGAAACUCGACAGUGUACGCCUGGGCGAAUGGAACAUCAGUUCAAAUCCCGAUUGUAUUCAAACUGCUGACGGACACAGUCGGUGCUCAGAUCCAUAUGUAGAGGUGAAGAUCGAACGCAUCAUUAUCCAUGAGAAAUACAUACCACACUCACGAUCCGAAUUUUACGAUAUUGCAUUGAUUCGAAUGGCGGAGAAUGUGAACUACUCGGAUAUGAUACGUCCCAUCUGUCUACCAAGCACGAAUGAAUUACGACAGAUGACAUUUGAGAAUGAAUACGCAGACGUGGCCGGUUGGGGUCGCACGGAGGUGAGCUCCUACAGCACAGUGAAGAAGAAAAUUUCGCUAAUCAUUUGGCAUACGGAUGCUUGUGAAGCGCAAUUCAAAAAAAUUAACAUUCCGGUGAACCAAAGCUUGCAAUUAUGUGCGGGUGGGCAAGCUAAGCAGGAUACAUGUCAAGGCGACUCUGGAGCGCCGCUGACGAUGCGUGGCCGUGAUAUGAAUGCGCCGUAUUUUGUCGUUGGUAUUGUGUCAUUCGGUAUGCAGCCAUGCGGCUUAGAGUCUUGGCCAGGGAUUUAUACACGAGUUACACAUUAUAUUGAUUGGAUUAUGCAAAAUUUGGAGGACUGAUAGUCGUCGACUAUGUGCAAUAACCAGUGAAGUGCAAUGUAUGCAUGUAUGUAUGUACAUUAUUGCCAGUAGUGCAGAUGAAAACAGUAUAUUAUUGUUUAACGAACAUAAUGUGUUUAUUUUAAAACUUUAUUCAUAGCUAAAGAAAAUAAAUUAAACAUUUUUAAGCUAUGCUUUUGGUUGAGUUAAAGGUUUUAGCAACUGACUGGAGAGUUUUAAAUUUAUAAACAUGUUUUUUUUUGUUUUUAAUUUUCUUCAUUAUAAUAAUAGUCGUUUUUUUUUAAUUACCAUUAUUCAUUCUAUUUAUAAAUGACUUAAGCUUCCACUAGUGAGUGUAAUGGCAUAUUUUUAUAUAUUUAUUUGCAUUCGGAAAGCUCUUCUCGUUCGUUUUAAAAUUAUUUUAUUAAUACUUGAAUUGAAUUUAGUUAUAUGUACGAGUUGAUUAAAUUAUAGUUGCGAAUUUUGCAGAAGGCAACGUUCUUUGGUAUAUUUUCCAUUUUUAGCUUCAAUCGCUCUUAAAAAUACUUCCCUCAAGGCUGCAACUUAUUAAUACUAGUAAUGUCAAUAAUUUCUGCCACCUGAUAACUGAUGCACAACUGAAAUCUUGCAAAGCUGCUUGCAACUAGAGAGCGUAUUAUUUUUCACUAAGAAUUUUAAAAAUAUAUAAAUUAUCAUACCGUCUCACAAGAGCGCCAAGGAUUAUCAAUUUACUUAAAUAAUUUAAGUAAGCUGAGCUUUUGUACUUUUAACAAUUCUGCCUUUUUUUCUCUAUUUUAAUUUCAUUCAAUU